AUGAACAAGGUCCUGCUGCUUCUACUCGUACUGAUCUCCUUACCUGUCGCAAUCCAGCACAUGGGAAGAAGGCGUAUGGGAGAUUAUGAAAAACUUUCCCUAGUGCUUCGUAUCCGGGCAGGGAACAAGGGUUCUCCUGCAGAAAGGCAAAAUCGUGAGAAGCAGAUUUGGGAUAUGGCGAAGAAGCAAUCCAGUGCACGUUUAUCCUCAAUAAUCGCCACAAAGAAUCGCUUCGAAUACAUUGUUGAAAACAAGAAACUCAGCCAUGCUCAACGCAAUGUGCAGAUGUACGCUUUGAGAAGGCAAAAUCGCAGUGCUUACAGAUAUGUGAUGAGAUUGUACUUCCCAAAGCGAAGGCGAAAGCACUACAGUCGCAACCGCUCACGUAUUUUAAAACGUCUCCGCUCGCGAAAGCGGCAAAGACUAGGAGAGUAUGACAAAUUCCGCCUACUGCUCAGUCUCAGAACAGGAACCCAGGGUACAUCAGGAGAGAUGCAACCUCGUGAGAAGUACUAUUGGUAUUUGGCCAGGAAGCGAUCAAAUGGUCUUAUAGCCUCGAUACUCGUCACGAAGAAACGCUUCGAAGCCAUCGUUGACAACAAAAAAUUGAGUCCAAGUCAGCGCAAUGUACAACUACACACUUUGCAGAGGCGAAAUCGUUAUGCCUACAGAUAUGUGACGAGAAUGUAUUUCCCGAGGAGAAGGCGAACCGUCAAAAGCUGGUUGAAACGCCGCCGUGACAAUAAAAAGCACCUCACGAAGUCUCCCCCGACGAAGAAGCCGAACCCUGUCGAGAAAGGCGCAGUGAAGCAGCGGAAGCGAUUAGUUGUGAAAGAUACCAAAAAGGACGCAACGAAAAAUGCCAAAGUGGCCAACAAAGCAGUAAAAAGUGUCAAGAAUGAGGCAAAGAGAGCAGCUAGCGAAAAGAAAAAGGACGAGAAAACUGAUAAGAAAGUAGUGAAAAGCACAAAGAUAGGCGAUAACAAAAAGGCUGCAAAAACUACCAAGAAAAGUGCAGUAAAAUCCAAGGACGCGAAACCUAGUAAAAAGGCA